AUGCGUUUCUCGUCAUCGGUCGUUCUCGCGCUGCCGGUGCUCGCAGUCGCUGAGCAGCAGAUUCCCCUUCUCGACAAGGUGAAGAGCUUCUUCAACCAGGCAACGGCGUCGGUCGCUUCGGUCAUCCCGUCUGCGCCCUCUGCGCCCUCUGCGCCCGUCGAGGCCGCCGCAGCCAAGGCCGUCGCCGUAGUCCAGCACGAGCUCACGCUCGAGAACUGGAAGGAGGUGCUGACUGUCGACCCCACCGUCAGCGCGCCCGCAACUCAGGAGUGGCUUAUCUUCGUCACGGGCGGCAACAGCACAUGCUACGGUUUCUGCGGACCCGCCGAGAAGGCAUGGAACGCAUCGGUCCCUGUCAUCGCUGCGCAGCCCUCUUCGCCCAAAUUUGGCUUCAUUGACUGCGAACGCGAGAGCAUCUUCUGCAACUCGUGGUCUGUUGGCGCGCCUUCUCUGCUCAAGUUCCGCAUCCCCAAGCCGCUGGCUGACCAGUCUGCGCCCGUUCCCGAGUUCCGCUACAAGCCCCUGAACCGCACCUCGACCACGACCGAGACCUUCAAGGAGCUGGUCGUCGACAACCAGAUUGAUGCCAUCCCUCCAUACGAGGGCCUCUUCCACCCCUUCAACGGCCUGUUGCAACAGUACGGUCUUGCGAUUCCCUUUGGCUACGCUACCUGGGGCUUCUCCAAGAUGCCCUCUUGGUUGCCCAUGAUCCUCAUCUCAUUCUUCAGCAGGACUUUCAUGAGCAAGCGCAUGAACCCUGGAGCUGCUCAGCAAGGUGGCGCCGCAGCACCGGCGCCCGCUCGCUAG